CACCUGGUGGCGUAGAAGCUGCCUUUGCCUUUCUCCCACCCUUCAAAUCCCGCUCGCUUGCUGGACUCCCGUGAGAUCGGGAGCUUCCCCCGGAAGACCCGCCCCCUGUGCCGUGGAGGCCAAUGGUCUAGGGCGACGGUUGCGACGGUUGGAUUUUGAAGGAGCCAAUGAGUGCUUGGAGCGGAGAGUUUAAGUCGUUCAAGUCCUCACUGCUAAAGCCGGUCUAGGAUCGGAACCUGCUCUUAAACUAACGACGCUCCCAUGGCCCAGUUCGUGUUCGAGAGUGACUUGCACUCGCUGCUGCAGCUAGAUACACCCAUCCCCAAUGCACCCCCUGCGCGCUGGCAGCGCAAAGCGAAGGAAGCCGCGGGGCCGGCCCCCUCGCCUAUGCGGGCAGCCAAUCGAUCCCACAGCGCCGGCAGGACUCCAGGCCGAACUCCCGGCAAAUCCAGCUCCAAGCUUCAGACCACUCCCAGCAAACCUGGCGGUGACCGCUAUAUCCCCCAUCGCAAUGCUUCCCAGAUGGAGGUGGCUAGCUUCCUCCUGAGCAAGGAGAACCAGCCCGACAACAGUGAGACGCCCACCAAGAAGGAACAUCAGAAAGCAUGGGCUUUGAAUCUGAACGGUUUUGACAUGGAAGAAGCCAAGAUCCUUCGGCUCAGUGGAAAACCACAAAAUGCCCCAGAGGGUUACCAGAACAGGCUAAAAGUACUCUAUAGCCAGAAGGCCACGCCAGGCUCCAGCAGGAAGACUUGCCGCUACAUUCCUUCCCUGCCAGACCGCAUCCUGGAUGCCCCUGAAAUCCGGAAUGACUACUACCUGAACCUUGUGGAUUGGAGCUCUGGGAAUGUACUGGCUGUGGCUUUGGACAACAGUGUAUACUUGUGGAGUGCUAGCACUGGUGACAUUUUGCAGCUGCUGCAAAUGGAGCAGCCUGGGGACUAUAUAUCUUCUGUGGCCUGGAUCAAAGAGGGCAACUACCUGGCUGUGGGCACCAGCAGUGCCGAGGUGCAGCUAUGGGAUGUGCAACAGCAGAAACGGCUUCGAAACAUGACCAGUCAUUCUGCCCGAGUGGGCUCCCUCUGUUGGAAUAGCUAUAUCCUGUCCAGUGGCUCACGCUCCGGCCACAUCCACCACCAUGAUGUUCGGGUAGCAGAACACCAUGUGGCCACACUGAGUGGCCAUAGCCAAGAAGUGUGUGGCUUGCGCUGGGCCCCAGAUGGACGACAUUUAGCCAGUGGCGGCAACGACAACUUGGUCAACGUGUGGCCUAGUGCUCCUGGAGAGGGUGGCUGGGUUCCUCUGCAGACCUUCACCCAGCAUCAAGGGGCUGUCAAGGCUGUAGCUUGGUGUCCCUGGCAGUCCAACGUCCUGGCAACUGGCGGGGGCACGAGUGAUCGACACAUUCGGAUCUGGAACGUCUGCUCUGGGGCCUGUCUAAGUGCCGUGGAUGCCCAUUCCCAGGUGUGCUCCAUCCUCUGGUCUCCCCACUACAAGGAGCUCAUCUCAGGCCACGGCUUUGCCCAGAACCAGCUGGUUAUUUGGAAGUACCCAACCAUGGCCAAGGUGGCUGAGCUGAAAGGUCACACAGCCCGGGUACUCAGUCUGACUAUGAGCCCAGAUGGGGCUACAGUGGCGUCCGCAGCAGCAGAUGAGACCCUGCGGCUGUGGCGCUGCUUUGAGCUGGACCCUGCCCGGCGGCGGGAGCGGGAGAAGGCCAGUGCGGCCAAAAGUAGCCUCAUCCACCAAGGCAUCCGCUGAGGACCAACUCCUCGCAGUGUUUUGUGGGGUUUGUUUUUUGUUUUGUUUUGUUUUUUUACUUUUCUAAUAAAGUCACAUCUCCCUCUCUUCUGGCACGACCUCUGUCCCAGCAGCCUUCCCAGAGGCUCCUCUCUACUGUGAUCAGAGAGCUAGAAACAUCGAUCCUGCGGGCACCUUGACCACCCAUCCUGUUUGCAGACAGGCUGGCAGGCUUUGUACCCACUUUUUCCAUUGACACAUGUACACACACACAGCCACCGUGCUUUCCUCUGUCACUUUUAAUAAAGACAUAAAGGAG